AUGGCCACUGGUGAACCAUCUUCUUCUGCCAAACCACCACCACCACCAGGCUCAGGAUUCCGCAGGUCCUUCACAGUCGACGAGAAUGCACAGUUCAGACAUCGUCUGUCCCAAAGUCGGAAUCCGGGUCCACGUGUAAGGAGGAGCUCUACCUUGUCCGACUACUCCAAGGGCUUUCAGUCCUCGACAGAUGAUCUGCUUCUGCCAAAACCCAGUGCUACUGGCCAUGAAGAAUCCAGACAUGAGUCUUCUGCGUGGGACUCGGUGCCCCUGGCGUUCGCCCUUUUACCUGCCAUCGGUGGAAUGUUGUUUACAAAUGGAGGCUCCGUGAUCACAGAUGUUAUGCUCUUAGGACUGGCAGCUGUAUUCUUGAAUUGGUCUGUUAGAUUACCAUGGGACUGGUAUCACUCGGCGCAAGCAAUUCGAACACGGGAAGAGUAUAACGAAGACGCGAUUAUUCACGAGGAAAUUGAUAAUGAUAAUGAGGAAGCACUCAGUACGUCGCAGACUACAUUGGACGAAGUGCCCGAGGAAGAAGACGCCCCUCCUGCGAAGAAAUCGAAUGCUCGACUUCUAGCUCAUAAGGCUGCUACGAAAGAAUUAUUCAGGCAUGAGAUUCUGGCACUACUUUCGUGCUUCCUCUUCCCUGUCCUGGGCGCGUAUCUACUACAUACUCUUCGAACGCAAUUGACGCGACCGUCUGAAGGAUUGGUCUCAAAUUAUAACCUUACUAUCUUCCUACUUGCAUCUGAGCUACGGCCCAUGUCGCAUCUGGUGAAGCUGGUUCAGUCCCGAACUCUACAUUUACAGCGGGUGGUGAACUCGAAUCCUUACGAUGAGGCGAGUGAGAAUGAAAGCGGCGACGUGAAAGAUAUGCUGCGAAGAGUAGAGGCGCUCGAAUCACGAACCUCACUCGCCGAACCUUCACUCGCAAAGGACCCUGUGUUAAACAGCAAGCAGUCUGCCAUGCUGACAACAGAAGUCAAGAAGACGUUACAGCCCGACCUGGAUGCACUGAACCGCGCCGUACGAAGAUACGAGAAACGCGCCACCCUCCAAACAUUCCAAACCGAGUCCCGAUUACUUGACCUCGAAGCCCGACUCAGUGAUGCGAUAUCCCUAGCUGCAGCGGCAGCGAACAAUGGGCAGAAGAAUCGUGGGUUCACGGGAGUUAUCGUGGAAUGGGUAGCGACCGCUAUCGUGCUACCAAUUCAAGCUUUUAGUUCACUCGCAAUCCUGCCGUUCAAAACGAUCAAGGGCGUCGUCAAUUAUGGCAAGGUGAAGAUAUUCGGCCAUCCGCAAAUCUCAGAGAAGAGUCGAAGGACUACAAAUGGGAAGCAACCUUCACAUGGACGGGUGGGAGAUCGUUUGCAAGGCAGGGUGGCUAAGAAAUAG